UGAAGCAUUCUUGAAUUAUUAUAUCUAUUCAACUACUUCAGUCACUUCUUAUCAAAGAUGGAGAUCUCUUGGGUUUUCAUAGUGUUUGGGUCAUGGCUACUGGCAUUAGCUUUUGUCUUAAAAAUAUUCAACCAUCCGAAAAGGAAAUUACCACCAGGUCCAAAGCCAUGGCCAAUUAUUGGCAAUUUGAACCUCCUUGGUUCACUCCCACAUGUGUCUUUUCACCAUCUUUCUCAAAAAUAUGGAGAUUUAAUGCUACUAAAAUUCGGUUCGAAGCCUGUUUUGGUAGCAUCAUCUCCAGAAAUGGCUAAAGAGAUAUUGAAAACACAUGAUGCUAUCUUUGCAUCUCGCCCUCCAUUAGCCGCUGGUAAGUACACUAGUUUUAACUACUCAGACAUGCUAUGGGCACCUUACGGUGCAUAUUGGCGUCAAGCUAGAAAAAUUUACCUAACUGAGAUAUUUAGUCCCAAGAGGCUUGAUUCAUUAGAGUAUAUCCGUGUUGAGGAAGGGCGAACUUUGAUUUCUCGUCUUUUUCCUCAUUCAGGAAAACCAAUUUUGCUUAAAGACCAUUUACCUAGAUUUACACUUCGCACUAUAAGCAGAAUGGCUAUGAGUGACAAAUAUUGUAGUGAUCAGUCAAACUCAGAUACUUCAAUAGCAACACUUGAAAGACUGCAAUGGAUGUUGGAUGAGUGGCUUGUUCUAGGUGGGGUGAUGAAUCUUGGAGAUUGGAUACCUUUGUUUAGUUGGUUUGACUUGCAAGGAUACGUAAGGCGAAUGAAGGCAUUAGGGAAGAAUUUCACUCAAUUUUACAAAUAUGUAAUUGACGAUCACAACGCAACAAAGAUGCAAACAACAGGGGAUUUUGUUCCAAAGGACAUGGUUGAUGCUCUGUUGCACCUUUCUGAUGACCCUAAUCUUAAUGUUCAGCUUACUUCUGAUCGCAUGAUGGGACUAAUGCAUAAUUUGCUAGCUGGUGCAACAGAUACUUCAGCAGCAACGAUAGAAUGGACAUUUCAAGAACUUUUGAGGAGACCAAACAUCAUCGACAAGGCACGCCAAGAACUUGACAGAGCCAUUGGAAAAGAACGAUGGGUAGAAGAAGAAGACUUUUCUAAGCUACCUUAUAUAGAUGCCAUAAUCAAAGAGUCAUUUAGACUUCAUCCUUUAUGUGCAUUGCUUCCUCCUCAUUACUCCAUUGAGGAUUGUAAAGUUGCUGGUUAUGACAUACCAAAAGGGACAAUUGUUUAUGUAAACGCGUGGUCUAUAGGAAGAAAUUCAAAGUAUUGGGAGAGGGCAGAAGAGUUCAUUCCUGAAAGAUUCAUAGAAAAUAACAUAGACAUGACAGGACAAAAUUUUGCAUUGUUGCCAUUUGGUUCAGGAAGGAGGAGGUGCCCGGGGUAUAGCCUUGGUAUGAAGGUUGUUCGAACAACAAUGGCUAACUUGUUGCAUGGAUUCAAUUGGAAAUUAACAGGAGAUAUGAGGCCAGAAGAUAUAAGCAUGGAGGAGAUGUAUGGAUUGUCUACACACCCAAAAAAGCCUAUAUCUGUGAUUAUGGAACCUAGACUUCCCCUCCAUCUUUAUUAGAGCUAGCUACAGAAGAUAGUGCAUGUAUAAUAUAAUCUCUUUUUGAAAGCAACGAUCAAAUAUCCUAACUAGCUUUAUAUGGACAAGAGGAGGAAAAUGCCAUAACAAUUACGUGCAUGGAAGUCCUCUCCGGUUAAAUAAGACUUCUUUUUUUUUUUUUUCAUCUUGUAAUAUUAUGUUUAAUUUUUAAAGUGAUUAAGUUAGAGGUGCAAAAGAGUAUAUU